CUGCUAGGGAUGUUUCCGUGAGAAAACACCUGUUGGGGGCAUUUCUGUGGGGAAACAUCUGUAUUCCCCAUGUUGAAGGGCACCUGCAAGGACCACCUAGGAAGAAAAUAUCUGUGAGGGGACCUUCAAGAAGAGGCUCCUUUGUCUGGGACGCACCUAUUUGAGCACUGGCUGGGCAGGACUAAAUGGGUCCUCAUGGCUGUAUUUUUGGAUAAAGGACGAUGAUGAUAAGACCACCACCUCCUGGGAACUCUAGGGUGAAGAGUAGCGGCUAAGGGGAAAUUAAUCACUUUUAGAGUAUAGAGCGAUGGGUAAGAAUUCCAGGUCUAGUUAAAUCCCUGCUUUGCCCUGUAGUGGGCAUGUGGACUGGGGAGAGCAGUUUAACCUCUGUUUCCUCAUCUGUGAAGUGGGAAAGUCAGUCCCACCCACCUACCUUAUAGAGUUUUGGCGAGGACGACGCGAGAGGUGAGUAAAAAGGCCUUGGGUUUGUGCAACGCCGUGAGUCAAUGUUAGCUAUUAUUAUUUUUCGCCAAUGUGUUUCUGGCCGCCCCUCCCCCUAAUGGUGACUCGAGAAACUGCGCCCAAAAGUAGUGGGAGGGACUUUCGGCAGGUGCAGCGAGCGCGACAGGCUGAUGCCGCGCCUCCAGCGUUCGGCUUCCCGGUCUCCAUCGGCACUCGAGCCUGGGAUACUGAGAGGCCCAGGUUGGUCUGGAGAGAGCGGUCAGCCAAGCGUCCGGAUCCUGCCGCGGCCCCUUUAAGACGGCCAGGCCAGCCAGAAGUCGCGGGGGCCCAAGACAGCACCAGGUCAGCGCGGAAGCCCCGCCCAGGUGGGGCGGGCGGGCGCAGCUCCAGCAGUUCUGGCCAAUAGGAAACCGACUCUGCAGCCGCGCCGCCAGUUGAUCUUCCGUUUCCCAGUCGAAGUGGGACAUAGAAAGGAGGCUCGCGGGAGGGAUGUAAAGCUUGCGGGAGAAAGCACAGCCUCUUGAUUUUCUGUUUCUGCGGCCGAGUGGGGGAUGUGAAAUGAGCGGGCGGGCAGAUGGAGGGCUGGAUGGCCUCGGGUUGGUUCUUGAGCACGUCUGGGUUGAAAACGAGUACUUUGGCGCCUAAAGAGGAUUAGUAGGGGAGGGAGGUCAAGUGGAAAGGGAUUAUGAAACCAAAUCCCUGAUAUCUCUCUACCUCGCCCCUUGGGGCAGAGGGUAAACUGAGGCACACAAGGCAGAACUCUGAAAGCAGAAUUGAGACCAUUGAUCUCUCCAGUCCCUCUCCCCAGAAUGAACCCUGGCGCUUCUUAGGCUGUGCAAUAUCAGAGCAUCCCCGACACACCGCCCCACACCCGCAGCUCCGCCUCCGGCCCCCUCCCCCCCAUGCAGGUCGGGGGAGGAGACGCCAAUUCCGGCGCGGGCGGCGACGGUUAGCAGUCACCGGCUCCUGCAAGUGCCAGAGCCAGGCGGGCAGCGCGGAGGCUGCGGUGGCCGUGGCCGCGGAGCUGGCCCUGCGGGACCCCGGGGGGGAGGGGGAGCCGCGAAGCCCCCGCUGAGGCCGCCGCUGCCGGGCCUCCCCUCCCCCCCGGGCGCCAUGCGGGGGGGCCCGGGCGAUGCGGAGCGGCGACAGCGCUGGGGUCGCCUCUUCGAGGAGCUGGAUAGGAACAAGGACGGCCGCGUGGACGUGCACGAGUUGCGCCAGGGACUGGCUCGGCUGGGCGGGGGCGACCCGAACCGCGACACCCAACAGGGCAGUUCCCCUGAGGGUGACACUGACCCACACGGUGGGCUGGACCUGGAGGAGUUUAGCCGCUACCUGCAGGAGCGAGAACGACGCCUGCUGCUUCUGUUCCACAGCCUGGACCGGAAUCAGGAUGGUCAUAUUGAUGUGUCUGAGAUCCAGCAAAGUUUCCGAGCUCUGGGUAUUUCCAUCUCUCUGGAGCAAGCAGAGAAAAUUCUGCACAGCAUGGACCGUGACGGCACAAUGACCAUCGACUGGCAGGAGUGGCGCGACCACUUCCUGUUGCAUUCGCUGGAGAAUGUGGAGGAUGUAGUCUAUUUCUGGAAACAUUCGACGGUCUUGGACAUCGGCGAGUGCCUGACUGUUCCUGAUGAGUUUUCAGAGCAGGAGAAGCUGAGCGGCAUGUGGUGGAAGCAGCUGGUGGCGGGUGCGGUGGCAGGCGCCGUGUCGCGGACGGGCACAGCCCCUCUGGACCGCCUCAAGGUCUUCAUGCAGGUCCAUGCCUCCAAGACCAACAAGCUGAACAUCCUGGGGGGCCUAAAGAACAUGAUCCGAGAGGGGGGCAUGCACUCCCUGUGGCGCGGGAAUGGGAUUAACGUGCUUAAGAUCGCGCCAGAGUCGGCUAUCAAGUUCAUGGCCUAUGAGCAGAUCAAGCGGGCCAUUCGAGGGCAGCAGGAGUCACUGCACGUGCAAGAGCGCUUUGUGGCCGGCUCCCUCGCUGGCGCCACAGCCCAAACCAUCAUUUACCCCAUGGAGGUGCUGAAGACGCGGCUGACCUUGCGCCGGACGGGCCAGUACAAGGGGCUGCUGGACUGUGCGUGGCAGAUCCUGGAGCGAGAGGGGCCCCGAGCCUUCUACCGAGGCUACCUGCCCAACGUGCUGGGCAUCAUCCCCUACGCAGGCAUCGACCUGGCCGUCUAUGAGACAUUGAAGAACCGAUGGCUCCAGCAGUACAGCCACGACUCGGCCGACCCAGGCAUCCUCGUGCUCCUGGCCUGUGGCACCGUCUCCAGCACCUGCGGCCAGAUAGCCAGUUACCCACUGGCCCUGGUCCGGACCCGCAUGCAGGCCCAAGCCUCCAUCGAGGGCGCCCCCCAGCUCUCCAUGCUGGGUCUGUUCCGUCACAUCCUGUCCCAAGAUGGCGUGUGGGGCCUCUACCGGGGCAUUGCCCCCAACUUCAUGAAGGUUAUCCCGGCUGUGAGCAUCUCCUAUGUGGUCUACGAGAACAUGAAACAGGCCCUGGGGGUCACGUCCAGACCCCAGCUCCCUCAGGCCCCAGAUCCAGCAUCGGGUCCUAGAUCCCCAAACCCGCUGGCGGAUCCCAGAUCCCCAUGCUUCCAGCCCUGGAUCUCCAAGCUCGGCCACUGGAUUCUGGAUAUCAAGAAGCCUCAGCCACUGGAUCCUGACAAUGCAAUGCCUAGAUCCCGGGGCCCCAGCCACUGGAUCCCAGAUCCCCUCACCCCAGCUACUGGAUUCCCGAAUUCCUUUGCCGUGACACUGAGUCCCGGAUCCCUCCGCUUUGACUACUGGAUUCCAUACAUUUCAACCACUGCACCCUCAACCCCCAACCACCGGAUCUCGGAUUCCCAAGCCCUGACCGGCUGGAUCCUGGCUUCUAAAUCCACAAUGUGAGAGCCCAACGGCAGAGCGCGUGGGUCCCGGCGACUGCAGCUGUUGGGCCCCAACCCCUUCACCACAGGCACUGGAUGCUGAAACCUCACCCAUAGGAAGGAGACCCCGACCCUUCCAAGCACUGGAUCCCAGCCCCCUAACCCCUGGAUUCUGACCGGAAUCCUCCCAAGGCACUGGAUCCUGAGUGCUCAGACUCUAAGCCUAGAUAGAUCCCAAUAGGCCAAUCACAGCAUCCUGGACCCCACACGCCGCCGUCCCAGACACACCCCAGAGCCCAGGGCCCUCCCCACUCCCCGUGACACAAAGCCCAUGGUCUAAGGAGCCUGUGGGAAGCCCGGGUCCUGGCCUCCUUCUUGGGACUUGUCCAAAGUCCUGACCCAUCUAAAAGCUGGCAGCACAGGAAGGAGAGGCCCCUCCCACACCCUAGACAGAGGCUGGACACCCCCACCACCUACCCAGCAUGGCUAUGCCUCUGGCCCCUGGGUAGACUGCUCCCCCGAAAUGCUCUGCAAUGUCCUCCGUCCCCUUCCCACCUUUAGGCUAAUGAUAACCCCCAGUCACUCUUUCUUGGGGGCUGGCAAGGGGGCAGUCUGAGGCUGGGGACGUAUUAAGGGGACCCCCCCCCAAACCCACCCUAGCACUGCCAGCCUCUCCCCAGGCUUCAGGGUUGGGAGCCAGGAGGAAGUCUACCCGGACUAGCCUUCCCUGGAGCCCAGCAUCUGCUUUUGCAAAACGAACAGGCCAAAUCCCCAAACUCAGUCUAUGUCUAUUUUUCUACCAGAGAGGAGCAGACAUAACUAGGGA